CAGAGCUUUUAUGUUUACCGUCGCAGUCGUCGCCGGCGGUUCAGAAGCCUUAAAAAAAAAAAAGAUCCCUGCAGCCGCACGAGAAGCACUCAUUACUUUCUUCUCAUCUCCAUCUCUACCUACCCAUUCUGAUUCCGUCGAAAAAAAAUCGUUUUGAGAAUUGUCAGAAGAUAUUGAAUUCGACUUCGGGAUCCAUUUGGCUCUAAAACUAUGGAAACUUCUUGAUGAUGUCCAUGAAGCAUAAAACAUUUGGUUGCAGAUGAAGAAAGAAACUAAAAAGCAGGUUUAGAAACUGGUAACGCUAGCUCAUAUAUAUAACCAUUUUAUCUGUUCUUUCUUUCUCUUCUAUUACAUCCAUACAGAAUGAUUUUUAAUAAAGCUAUACAUAGCUAAUUUUUAGUAAAUUCCAGUCGUCCAUUCUAUUUUUUCACCAUUAGGAAAGACACGACCAUAUUCACUUCUAUCACUUUUCUAAAUAUAGACACUAAAGGCCCCAUGACUUGAAUUGGUCAAAAUCUCUCUUUCUCUCUCUCUCUUGUCUCAUUUUCUCUGUCUUAUAUCAUCUUGUCUCUCCUCCCUCAUUUCUCUCCAUUCCCCUGCAUUUCCUUCCCACCAGGAGAAAACUAAGGAACCGAACUCGCCAAACCUGUCAAAACAAUUAAUAUGCCCUCAGGCAAACCUUCUUCUGCCUUCCCUUUACAUCCUCCCAAACCAACAACACCAUUAAAACCUUCCAGCAGCAACAGCAACACCAACACCAACAGCACAAACCAAGCAUGCGCCGCCUGCAAAUACCAACGCAGGAAAUGCGCUCCCGAUUGUCUCCUCGCUCCUUAUUUCCCUCACGACCGUCACCGUCAAUUCCUCAAUGCUCAUAAGCUCUUUGGAGUCAGCAACAUCACCAAGAUCAUCAAAUCCCUUACCCCUCCUGAGAAAGACGCAGCUAUGCAUACAAUCAUGUUUCAGUCUGAUGCUCGUGCCAAUGACCCUGUUGAUGGAUGCUAUGGCAUUAUAAGAAAGCUUCAAUACCAGAUCGAAUACACCAGGAACGAAUUGGAGAUUGUUCUUCAGCAACUGGCUAUGUUCCGUGACCGUGCCCAUCAUCAACAUCAUCAUCAAGAAACGCAAAUACAGAUUCAAGAACCAGAGGAUCUCUCGAGUUUUUCGAGUUCUUGUGAUCUAAACAACAACAGUUCGAUUCCUUACAAUUACCCUCUGAACCACCACGUUGUUCAAGAACCAAAUCAACAACAACAACAACAAUAUUGCUCUUCAGGUAAUAACUUCAGUGGGUUACAAGAAGACAUGUGGUGUCUACAACUUCAAGAUUCAUCAACGACAGUGAAUAUGAAGGCAGGUUUCAUCGAUGAAUGUGAGGACAUAAAGCCCGUGGAAGAGGUUUCUAGCGAAAGACACGAGUUCGAGCCCCAUGAAGCAUUCGUUGAACAACGGAAACUCGACUUGCCUCCUUCCUCACAGUUCAUCAUCUCUUCUUAGCUUUUUUUUUAUUUUAUUUUUCCUCUUCAUUUACAUCUUUUUGUAUGAUCAGCUUACUUUGUCUUAAGACGUACGUAGGGCUCAACAGUUUCACCUCAUUGAUUGAUUUAAAUAGAUUUUUCAUGAAUUUUUUUUGUUUGUAUCUCAAUUUCUUAAAUUCUCUCCUAGGAUUUUAGAUUGAAUAGGCAUGGAUGGAAAUCUUCAGGAAUUUGAUUGAAUAAAUAUUUCCAUUCUUAUAAGAAUAUGAAAAUAUCUUC